AUGUCUACCUCGGACGACGAUGGGCGCACUACACCGUCUCACACUACCCUAGCCUCUGAUACCGAGGCGGUCGAGGGUUCCUUGACUUCAAGCAUCGAAACAUCAUGCCCAUGGCCAGGAGGCAAAUACAUCAUCCGCGAAACGGAGUCUAAACUCGUCAUUGCGCUGGAAAAUGGUAGUUUGGGCUUGUACGCUCUGCCAACCAAAGAAACCGUGGACUACGACCUGGGGUUUUACUGGAAUUGUGUCGAGAAUGACAAAGGUGCAUGGAAAAUGGGGGGGAUGUGGCUCGGCUUCAAGAAUACGGUGUCAGCUGCCUACAUAGGACAUAAUGACAUGCAGUCAGGCGGGCGCUUCCAAGUCAAUCAGUUGUCUCACAGCGAAAGGGAAUCGUUUUGCGCACGGCAACAUCCUGAUGAUGGACAUGUGCUCCUGGUCAAGCACGGGAGCGGGUUUCUACCUAUGAAAGCCGGAGGAAAGGCUGGUACAGAGUUGGUGGUGGACAAUGACCGGAAGGAAGGAACGAGGUGGCAGUUCAUCCGAGUUGACUAUCCUUGAGUUAACUCGGACAAUUAUGCCGAUGUUCUGGGGCCGAGAGAAAUGAGAGUCAAGAGGGCGGAUACAAAUAGUGCACCACUGAGCUGGCUCGAAAAUG